UUGAUAAAGAUCAAGUCACAUGAUCAGCACACUCAAUAUUUUUUAAGGUGGUAAAAUCUGUCAAUUAUAGAACCUGGUACGAAUAUUCUGGUUGGUAUCAUCAUGGACCAAGGACAGCCAAAGAGUGUUCUAACUGAGAUAUCUUCCAAUAAGAGCUUCAAUGGCUUGCAGAAGGUGUUUUCACACGAAAGCUCAGAAUGCGACUGCAAGAUGACCUUCUCGGUCUUUCUUCCAAGCCAGGCUGAGAAUGGACCAUGCCCCACCCUCAUAUAUCUCUCGGGGCUGACGUGUACAGAUCAAAACGUCACAACCAAAGGCGGAUUCCAGCGCUAUGCCGCUCAGCAUGGAAUGAUCGUUGUAUGUCCAGACACAAGCCCUCGUGGAUGUAACAUUGAAGGAGAGGAUGAUUCAUAUGACUUUGGCUCCGGAGCCGGGUUUUAUCUCGAUGCCACCGAAGAGAAAUGGAAGAAGAAUUAUAGGAUGUACUCCUACAUUACAAAAGAGCUGAUUCAAGUGAUUGCGGAGAAUUUCCCCAUUAAUCCAGAGAAGCUUGCAAUAACUGGCCACAGCAUGGGAGGACAUGGAGCUUUGACCAUUGCACUUAAGAACCCUCAUAUCUUCAAGUCUGUAUCUGCCUUUGCGCCAAUCUGUAAUCCCAUCGACUGCCCAUGGGGACAGAAGGCCUUCAAGGGUUACCUAGGACCAGAUGUUAACACUUGGAAGGAAUACGAUGCAUGUGAGCUUGUCAGGAGCUACGAUGGGCCGCCAAGAGAGAUCCUCAUUGAUCAAGGGAAAGGCGAUAAUUUCUACACUCAAAAGCAACUUCUUCCUGAGAACUUUGUAACGGCUUGUCAAGCCAGUAACACAGCAUGCAUCAUGAAUCUACGUGAGGGGUACGAUCACAGCUACUAUUUCAUCUCAACAUUCAUGGAGGAUCAUAUCAAAUUCCACAUUCAACACCUGUGAUGACAUCACCUUGUUGCCAUGGGAACAUUUCUUUGUCAAAUAACAGGAAUGCCCUUUUUCAGACAAAAAUCUGAAUUCAGACUCCUUUCAACAUAUUUUUUCGGAAAGGGGUCAUUCUAGAUGAUUUCAGAGUUUUUAAUCAAUUCUAAAUGGCAUUCCGAAGUAAAGGGAAGAGAACAAGGUUAGAUAGCUUACUGAUUCUGAAACUGGAAAUUUGUAGAGUGAUUUGCUCACAAUGUCACAUGUGAAGCUUGAAGUACAUCUCUCUGAUCUGAUUGAUGAUUUCAUCAAAUCGACUGGUUUUAAGAACUGCUCCAAUCAAAAUUGGAGGUCCCUGUCCCAUGAAACAGUAGUUAUCCUGUCUUCAAUAGUAGCAAAUCAAAAUGAAGAUUUACACUUGUGAAGAUUAAGUAUAAUCUGAUUGAUAAUUUCAGGAAAUCGACUGGUUUCGAGAACUGCUCCAAGUAAAACUGGAGGGCCCAGUUGCACAAAAAAUUAGUUAUCCCAACAUCAGUGGUUACACUGCUAAUCAGCCAAUUGAAAUAAGAUUUCCAUGAUAGCUAUGGUUGAAGGCAAAGUUAUCCUGGUCCAUGUAUCACCCAGGUUUAUGUAUGAACAUACAUUUUAUUCAAGCAGGCUCAUGUAUGAAUUUUUUAUAGUAAUAAAGCACAUCAUGGGAUGUUGCUUUGCUGAAUAAGUACAAAUAUUGUUUUUAGAUAAUGUGUGUGGUGAUUUAUGAUGCAAAAAGAAAGAAAAGCUGAGCUAUUUUAUAUUUAAGCGAACAAAUUCAUUUUACGAUUUUGAUCAUUGUAGAUAUUUACAUUAUAGCCCCAAAUCCAAAAUAGGGUUUUCAUCCGUAUAGAGAGGGCUUAUACAUACGGUUUUCACCUAAUUAGGCAUCAAUGAAAGCACAUUGUGCCUUUGAAGGACAUAGGAUCACAUUUAAUGUAUGAGGAAAGAAUGAAUCACUCCCAUGUGCUUGUAUCCAGUAUUUAUCUAAUAAUAAAAAUCAGUAUUAAGUAUAUACUUUAUGCUUCUGUGAAGCGCAUGGUAGGUCCAAUGAAGGAGCUUUGAUUUCACAAUGCUGUUGCUAAAUUUAGAUGAGUUGAUAUUUUACAGAUGUUCAACUUUGCCUGUCAGAGUUUGGCUUGAGAAUUUGCUGGAUGAGUGCUUUUAGCUAUUCCCAUACUUCAGUUCAAUGCUGAUGGCAGCAUUUCUGGGGGAUGGGGAUAAUCAGUAUAUUUCAUCAAGCUUUACGGUGUGGUCGUAACCUGUUCUUCAAAGUUAGAUUGUCUUGUAUACUUUAAUGCAGUAUUUAAGUUUUAAUUCAAUUUGGACAUCAUUAUUGGAUUAUAGAUUAUAGUUUAAUAUGUGACCAGUAAAUCCAUUUGAUUCUUAAAUUGUUACAAAGUUUAUGGAAAUCUUACACGCCUGCAACCAUUAUCAUUUAUAUGUUUGUUUUUAGCAUGUGCCUUAGCUUUGAGCCUAGCUUAAAAUGUAUUGUGGAUAUCAUAUGAUACUAGUUGAUCUGAAAAGGAAAUGUACUCCUUAAUCAUACAUUUUGAGGGAGAGAAUUAACUUAAAAAGUAGUUUAACCUUAACUUCAUCUAAUAAAUUUUAGAAAUUGUCAAUAUAAUUUCGAUUUGAGUGAAAGCAUUUCUAGAAAAAAAUAUGAUUUUCAUAUUUUUCUUUGAUUUCAUUCAAAUUUGGACCCUCCACAAUUUUUUUUCCAUUGAAACAAUUUUGAAUCUUACACUCAACACUACACAUUGAACUCAAAUUCAUUUGCAACUGAUUCGUAAUGUACAUGUAUAUGGGUUACUAGGAUGAAUUAUCAUGUAAGGUAUGAUAAUGUUUGUGAAUCAUGAUGUUCAUGAAUUUUCCAAUAAAAUUAUUA